CUCAAAGAGCUUGCCUUUCAUGGCGACCUUCAUGUUUCCUCAACUGGGUUUUUGCCUUUGAUUCUGGAGGACCACUACACAUUCACCAACUACUGAUUCUUUUUAGCUCACUUGGUGAGAUUGGGGAUUUGUUAGGCAAUAUCAGUCGUUAAAAUGGUGGAGAGGAAACAGGGGAAGAGGGUGACUUUGGGUUUGGUUCUUGUUCUCUUUGAGUUCAUGUGUCAUGGAAUAUGUGCUUCAUACACUCCUGAUGAUAACUACUUGAUUGUUUGUGGUUCUUCACAAAAUGUCACAUUCCAAGGUCGAACUUUUGUUCCUGAUACAGGCCAUUCUUCUCUUGUGCUGAAGAGUGGAAACUCUGUUGUUUUUAGUUCCAAUUCCAGCGUUCCAUCUCCAAUAUAUCAAUCUGCUCGAAUUUUCUCGGGCAUUGCUUCUUACAAGUUUGACAUCAAGCGAGAAGGUCGGCAUUGGGUCCGCCUUUAUUUCUUUCCUCUCCCUAACUCAGGCAAAAAUUUGUCAUCUGCUCUAAUAACAGUUGUCGCUGAUGAUUUUGUGCUCUUGAACAACUUCACAUUUAAGAAUUACGGUAGUUCUUUUUUGUUCAAGGAGUAUGCAAUCAACGUGACUUCUGAUUCCUUGAUCCUUACCUUCAUUUCUUCAAAUAAUUCAGUUUCAUUUAUUAAUGCAAUUGAAGUUGUCUCCAUUCCGGAUGAAGUCCUUCCUGAUCAGGCAUUGACUCUCAAUCCCCCUACCACUUUUAGUGAUCUUUCUGAGCUCGCAUUGGAAACUGUUUACCGGUUAAACGUGGGUGGUCCAUUGAUCACCCCUCAGAAUGACACCCUUGGAAGAACCUGGGAGAAUGAUGUGAAAUAUCUUCAUGUUAACGGCUCAGCUGUGAAUGUUUCAACAAAUCCUGGUUCUGUACAAUAUACAACUUCUGUUACAGCUGAAACGGCACCUAAUUGGGUGUAUUCCACUGCUGAAGCCAUGGGAAAUGCAAAUGUAAACAUCAUGAUCUUCAACAUAACUUGGGUCCUCUCAGUUGAUCCAAGCUUCAGGUACUUUGUCCGUGUCCAUUUCUGUGAUAUCAUAAGUGAGUCUCUCAAUGCAUUGGUGUUCAACCUGUACAUUAAUGAUGAUAUUGCUUUGCCGAGUUUUGAUCUCUCGUCGAAAACUGGUGCCUUAAAUGUACCCUAUUACAAGGACUUCAUCGCAAAUUCUUCAGCAGAUUCAGGAACUUUGACCGUCAGUGUUGGCCCAGAUAUGAUAGCAGACAUCACCAAUGCUACACUGAAUGGGUUGGAGAUUAUGAAAAUUAGCAAUGAAGUUAGAAGCCUUGAUGGUAUUUCUUCAAUUGACAGUCUCCUUCCCAGAUCCUCAAAGAAGAACAAUUUUGGAAUAGUCAUCGGUUCUGUCAUUGGAGCUGUUGCUGCAGUGGCUUUAAUUGUAUUAUGCUAUUGCUGGUUCGCAGCUCGGAAGUCAAAAACUACUCACCAGGGGCAUCCAUGGUUGCCUUUGCCCUUAUAUGGAAACUCUCUGACCAUGACCAAGAUGUCCACAACUUCACAGAAAAGUGGAACGGCAAGCUGCAUCUCAUUAGCUUCGUCCAAUCUUGGUCGUUUCUUCACAUUCCAAGAAAUCUUAGAUGCUACCAACAAAUUUGAUGAGAGCCUACUUCUUGGAGUUGGUGGUUUUGGUCGAGUCUACACAGGAACACUUGAAGAAGGGACAAAAGUAGCUGUCAAAAGAGGUAACCCCAGAUCUGAACAAGGUCUGGCUGAAUUCCGCACUGAAAUUGAGAUGUUGUCAAAGCUCCGCCAUCGCCAUCUUGUUUCUCUUAUUGGCUACUGUGAUGAAAGGUCAGAAAUGAUUCUUGUUUACGAGUAUAUGGCUAAUGGACCUCUCAGAAGCCAUCUCUAUGGAACAGAUCUGCCACCUCUGUCCUGGAAGCAAAGACUUGAAAUAUGCAUUGGGGCAGCAAGGGGGCUUCAUUAUCUCCACACUGGUGCAGCACAAAGUAUCAUUCACCGUGAUGUGAAAACAACAAACAUUCUCUUGGAUGAUAACUUUGUUGCCAAAGUUGCAGACUUUGGUCUCUCAAAAACUGGUCCAGCUCUUGAUCAGACCCAUGUGAGCACUGCUGUUAAGGGUAGCUUUGGUUACCUUGAUCCUGAAUACUUCAGAAGGCAGCAACUCACAGAGAAGUCAGAUGUGUAUUCAUUUGGGGUGGUUCUGAUGGAAGUACUUUGCACCAGGCCUGCUUUGAACCCUGUUCUCCCAAGGGAACAAGUUAAUAUAGCAGAAUGGGCAAUGACCUGGCAGAAGAAGGGAAUGCUGGAUCAAAUUAUGGACUCUAAUCUGGUGGGGAAAGUAAACCCAGCUUCUCUCAAGAAGUAUGGAGAGACAGCUGAGAAGUGCCUGGCUGAGCAUGGGGUAGACAGGCCAUCAAUGGGAGAUGUUUUGUGGAAUCUUGAAUAUGCUCUGCAGCUAGAGGAGACUUCAUCAGCUCUAAUGGAACCUGAAGAUAAUAGUACAAACCAUAUUCCUGCCAUUCAGUUAACACAACUUGAGCAAUUUGACAAUAGUGUGAGCAUGAUUGAUGGUGGAAAUUCUGGCACUGAUGAUGAUGCCGAAGAUGGUGCAACCAGCGCUGUAUUUUCACAGCUAGUAAAUCCUCGGGGAAGGUAAGAAACAGCCAUACCUGCUUUUUCAUGAUCCUGGAUUUGGGACACCUUACUAAAGAUCUGGUUGUUCUGGCCUCAAGAAUAAGUGGAAAUGUGCUGAGUGAUUGAAAUGAAAUGAGGGUCAUUAUAUUGCUCUUUUCCUUAAUUUUUCUUCUCAUAUAAUAUAUUUAGUUUGUAAUAUAGUUGAGUGACGGCAUUAGAAAAUUGCAUGUAACGUACCAUGUUAUUUCCAUGAUUGUUGAUUUAAUUCUUUGGAUUCAAAUACAUUAUAUUGAGGAAUUCGAUUCACCCUUAUUCCUUGUUCUUAAAUUAUUUAAGAAGAAGCAGAACCUUUCAGUAUAUUUUCUUAGAAUUGGCUAGAAAGUCCGUGCUUAUUUCUUGCAAACUAUUCCUUGCCCACUGGAGGCUCCUCUGGUGCAAUCUAGUGUGUGCCAAAAUUCAUCGCCAGUGUAUCUGUUUGCUCUGGAACUCCAGCCAGAGAGAAUAUACAAUACUGGCAAUC